AUGGCUUUCACGCCCAGUGUACCCACUGGCUUCAAGCCCAAGAACAAACUGCGUCGACAAGCUGCCUUCCUCUCCAUCAAGAAGACGCGCGAAGCCGAGAAACGAGACUUGAGACAUCGCCGCAAGCGCCAAGAACAACAGGAUCCGUCACUGCGAGAAGACCGCCAUGCACGCAAUGUACCAGCCACAAUCGAUAGCAAGCGAGUAUGGGACGACGAGCCUGUAGGCGAUGAGGAAGAUGCGCUGGGCUGGGCAGUCGAUGUAGAAAGGCUGGCUAAGAGGCGCAAGAUGGAGCAAGAGGAAGCAGAACAGCAGGGGGAGCAAGACGAGGAAGAAGGCGUUUUGGCAAAGCUCAAGAAGGCCGAGAGGAUCGAGAAAGUGGGCAACUCGGAUGGAGACAUGGGCGAAGACGAAGACGAAGCAGACAGCAUGCUAGAUGCAUCCGACUCCGCCUCUGACUUCGAUUCAGACGACGAUGAUGACUUUGACUCAGACACCAACUCUGCACCCUCGAGAAAAGGCAAAAGCAAGGUCGACCCUCGCAAACGUGACGCAAGCCCCACAACCUCGACAGCCACCAAUCUUGAGCUCUCCCCGGAAUUCCUCAAACAGAAAUUCCCCCAGCUCUUUAACACCCAGCCUGAACCCAAGAUCCUCAUCACCACCUCGAUAAACUCGACUCUUCACAAAGAAGCUGACAUCCUCACCUCACUGUUCCCCAACAGCACCUACAUCCGCCGCACCGCAAACUUCCACGCACACAAGUACUCUGUCCGCGAGAUCGCCCAAUUCGCCUCGGCCCGCGACUACACCGCCCUCGUCGUCCUCAUGCAGGCCCAGCACGAGAAAAAGGCAGACGGGCUCGACGUCAUCCACCUGCCCAACGGCCCCCACUUCCACUUCAGCGUCACAAACUGGAUCGAGGGCAAGAAGCUGCCGCGCCACGCCACAGACACGGGUCACUACCCCGAACUCAUCCUCAACAACUUCAAAACGCCCCUCGGUGUCCUCACCGCUCAGCUGUUCAAGGGCUUGUUCCCUGCCGACCCGGAACUACAGGGCAGACAGGUCCUGACGCUGCAUAAUCAGCGCGAUUACAUCUUCGUCCGCCGUCAUCGAUACGUCUUUCGUGACAAGCGGGAGAGCGAGAAGUCGAUUCUGGGUAACGAUGGGAAGCCGAUGCCCGGUGUCGAGGAUAUCAAGGUGGGUAUGCAGGAGAUUGGACCUCGCAUGACGCUCAAGCUGCGCCGAGUAGACCGUGGGAUCCAAUUCAAGAGCGGGCAGGAAUGGGAGUGGAAAGGAAGGAUGGAGAAGCAACGUACAAGGUUCAACAUGUAG